CGCCUUGUCCCGAGUCGACCAAUCUUCACCACGUGUAAUACGACAUGGACAGCGACAACGAAGUCUACGAAAAUGCACCAGAAACCAAGCGGUUCAAGUACCAGUCGUACAGUAGGAGCCUCAAAGAUGUCCAUCUUCCUUCAGCUCUAGAACAAUCAAAAAAGGACCACGACUUUGAAGACUCCGAGUCUCACUUCCGAGAUGCUUUGUCCCACUGGAGACAACUGAACCUCUCUCCUUCCUUCAUCGGUUUUGCGAAUAAGGCGUCGUCGCUGUCUGCUUCCCUUCCGCUUCUCCUUCACAACUGGCGCGAGGUUGUCGGAUUGUGGAUUUCAGCUUUAAAGAGCUCCGAUGACGAGGGAUUUAAAGCUCUUUUGGACCUUCUUCAAAAGAUGAUUAUCGACCUUCGAUCUACAUUGUCACCUGCGUAUACCGAUAUCCUAAGGGAGCUGCUCGCGCUUCUCCCUCGAUCCAUACCUGCGGAAGCUCUGACGAGUUUGCUGUCGACCUUCUCCCUCAUCUUCAAGCAUCUUCUUGUCUCAUCAACAGACCCGAACUUACUCGAACAGACCUGGACAGUUAUGCGUAAUAUUUUACCCAAAUGUCUCCCAGAAAUACAGAGGGCUAUGGCUGAGGUGUUGGGUGCUCUUUUAAGGAGACUAAAAGUCCCAUUACGGGAGAAAAUAGCAGUACUUGUAGCCACCGAUGUUACAGGAAUUGACGACGCGGUAGCGUGGCUAUUUGUUUGCGCGUGCAAGUCUGUGUCACAAACCCUGCACACGGCUACCCAGUCCAUCAUAAAGCCAUUAUUAGCGUUCCACAUGUCAUGCGAUAUCGCUGAGCCUACGUAUACACUACUUCGUCGCAUCCUGACAGCCCUGAUACAUCAUGUCAAAAAUAGCGAGAAAUUCUCACCCAUCGGCGAUCUACUCGUCUCUACCUUCACAGAUUUCAUGUCGGAGCAGAAUGCAGAUAAUUCUGAAGGGCGUCAACGUGUCAUUGAAAUAUUGUCUGUGUCGUGCUCAGUACGACAAGGAUCUCGACAUACAGAGAAACACCUGUCACAGCUAUUGACAGCAGCAAAUUCGAUACCAAUUACUGAGGCAGUCCGACCCUCUUUACUGAAGCUAUCCGCAGCGGUGCUAACAGCUGGUGAUAUGGCCCUAUCAAUGGGACUCGGACGUCGAUUCUUGGAGCAUUGUUGGGACCAUCCAGUGUUUGCUAUAGAGCUGCAUGGAGCACUUGCCGAUCUUGGCUGGGGAGGAUGGAAGAUGAUCGCGCUACCCACGUUGUUGAAGAAGACGCCUCUUCUUUUGGAGAACGAGCCCGUUCGCACAUUACAGCUUCUGGCUUCCGUGCACAAGGAGAAAAGGUUGGGUGAAAUCGAUCUGGUGUGGAAGCAACGCGUCGAACAAUGGGUGAAGAACAGACUCCAAAAUUGGGUUAUGUCUCGAGAAUCAGCUUUAGAGCUGCAGUUUAUCGUCAUCCUUUCUGGAUACUUAUCUGCUGAGGUUACCCCUCUUAUUAUCAGUAUUGUUGACUCCUUAUGUAACGCCGAUCCCGAGCCAGACACCCGAAGUGAUAGCUUUCCGUCGCCGUCUUGGGUCCUUGGGCUAUGCCUACCAUAUCUGUCAAAAAGACCACAAGAGGAACUGAGAGAUCGUGUUCAAAUGAAGGCGUGGACACAAAAGUGUGUGGCCAAGUGGUAUUGGUCUCCUAGUGUCGUCAGUGGCCUCGUUUCCUUUACCAACCAAAGUGAUGGGGAUGCUGCCGACUUCGAAGAAUUGUAUCCUUUUCUGCGAAAAUCGAUUCUCUCGCACGACUUACAACUCCGCUUGAAUGCGUUGCGUCUUCUUGCGUCUCCUGCAAUCAAAGUUCCUGAUACUGUCCUGGAGGUCGUCAAACGCUGCCUUCAAAGUGAAGAAGUGUCGUUGGACGUUCAGGGCCUCCGAGAACGCGUUUUACGUAUGGGUAGAGUAGGGCAGAUUGUGACAGAUGGAAAUAGCGGACCAGACUUGUGCGUUCGGUGGCUAGUAGCUCAGUUAAAGGUUAACCUUCGGCCACUCUGGUCGCCGGCGGCCGGCGCAAUAGCAUCUCUAACUCAGCAAUUUGGUGGCGAUGUAUGGAGUAUUCUAUUUAAAGAAGUUCAGGAAGUUUCUCAGCCAGACUAUUGGGAUAAUAUAAAGUCUUCAAAGGAUGAUGAACAUGAGGGAGGUGACGAUAUAUGGGAAGAGGAACGGUCGUGGAGAGAUCCUAGUGCUCAUAAGUUCAGAUUAUCAGUGUAUCAGUGGUCGAGCAGCUCUCUGAUUCCUUCGAAAUCAUCACAAUCUUCGACAGUUCGUGAAAACUUAGAUGUCCGUUCCUACGAGACACAGCUCGUGACAACAUUAGGACAGUGCUCUUCGCUUGCUGAAAAGCACAACCACGAUCUCAUCUCGUACUUCUUGUCCAUCAUCGACGCCGACUCCAAGUCCAAGUUGCCACGACAGAAGCUCGCUCUCUGGCUAACUUUGUUCUCAAAAUUCACUAAUCCUAAAGCCCUCUAUGCAACCGAUAAACUCCGAGACCUCUAUUUCUCCCUUCUGUCACACCCCGAUCGUUCCCUCCAAACUGUCGUGCUAUCGUGCAUUUUGAACUACAAAUCGCGUUCACUUUCUUUGUAUGAAGACAAGCUUCGACUCCUGUUGGAUGAUACGCAGUGGCGCGAUGAACUUACCUCGCUCAGUCUCGCCGAGAUUGAACCUCAUGACCGUCGCGAGGUUAUAGACGUAGUUGUGAGGUUACUCUUUGGAAUAAUGCUCGAGAAUAGGGGCCGAUCGCGGGGUUAUGACCGUCGGACUACAAUUUUGGGAGUGCUAGAUGGUUGCACUGAAGAGGAGCUAGGAUUACUGGUAGAUCUGAUGGUGAAGCCAUUCAUCGCCGACAGGCAUUCUCAUCAAGGGGAGAUGUUCACUGUCCAUUCCGUGGGACAGGUGUUGGAGAAACAGCAGAUGGGAUUUUUGACCCUUCUCGGCGACCUGUUGAAAAUUUUGGGACCGCGGUUGAUAUCAUAUUGGCCUGCUUUGCUGGGCACUACGAUCAAUAUCGUGAGCGGCGCUCAGACAAAGUUGUCCUGUUCCAAUCAAGUAGCCGAUAAUUCCGACGAUGAAGUCGAUGAUCAGGACGAGAAAGCUGUAGAUGGUUUAUCGGUGGUGAAGGCGACCCGGGCUAUACGACAACUUGGAAUCAAACGCUUUUCCGAUUUCUUCCAAUGUCCAAUAUCGUUCAACUUUGAACCAUAUCUGCACGCAUCAUUUAAUUCAUUCAUUUCACCGCGGAUACCGUUACUUGACAAGGAAAAUACCCAAUCUCCUUCCGCUCUUCUGGAUCUUUUCUUCAUAUGGUCCAAGUCUUUCGAUCAUGCAAUGACCCUUGUUCGUCACGACACACAGCUCUUACCACAGAUAUACAACUGUCUCAUAGCUACCAAUGUGAAACCGGCGGUCACGUCCAGAAUCCUCGAUAUUAUUGAAAGGCUUCUGUCUCUCUCUACGGAAGAGCCGGCUAUCCUUGAGUCGAUCCUCAAGCCCCAUCUGCCCCUUCUACUCACCAAUAUGUCAAUACUGAUUGAACGCAAGAAAGGCUCCGAAGACCCGCUGGCGGAAAGACAAAUCACUGUUCUUUCUCAGCUUGCGCCCUACUCGACCAACGCUGAAGAAGCCAAAAUGCUGCUCCAUCUUUUUUCCCCCUCCCUUCGCAAAUCAUCCAGAGUGGUUCCUGAGAAAGUCAAGACUGACCUGCUCACUAUUAUCAGCCAUCUCAUACCAUUAGUCCCAGAACUAAAAGAUAAUUCCUCCACCGAAUAUUUCAAACUGUAUGAGGCGCUGUCCCAAAUGUUCCUGACUCUCCGAUCUCGGAAUGCCCGAGUCAGACUUGUGGCCGCGUUUCAGAGUCUCGUAGCAGGCAGCAGGACCUUACAAAGUUUCAUAGGUCUAUUGCAGUCAUUAAACUCUUACUCAACAAAACGUUUGGACGAACCUGAUUUUGACCGUCGUCUCAAGGCAUUCGCUGAGUUGAACGACAGUGUAUUUACUACCUUGUCUUCUGGUGAUUGGGUUCCUUUCGUCUACCAGUCUCUCUACAGCAUCCAGGAUCCCGACGAGCUUGCUAUACGCAAUAGCGCAGCCCAUUCUCUGCGGCAUUUUAUAGAUCAGGUAGCCACCCGCGCACCCGAUUUUGUUGCCUCGUUUUCGCGAAUCCUGUUUCCCGGCUUAAAACACAGUCUCAGGUCGAAGAACGAGUUAGUUCGGGCUGAGGUUUUGGGUGUGUUGGCGUACACCGUCACGACAUGUGGCGAUAAUGCUGCUGUGCAGGAUAUGCGGAUAUUAUUAGCAAGUGGUGACGAAGAAGCCAAUUUUUUCAACAACAUCCAACAUGUCCAGAUUCAUCGAAGGUCUAGAGCUCUUCGACGCCUAGCCGACCAGUGCGAUGAGCACCCCCCUCGCAACAGCACACUCUCAGGCAUUCUCAUUCCAUUAAUUGCACACUACCUUGUGCCUACUUCACCUUCGAACCAUCAUCUGGUAAACGAUGCUAUUACGGCGGUUGGCCGACUGGCAAAGCACUUGGCGUGGGGUGCAUACUAUGCCCUCAUUCAGUCCUAUAUGCGUCUCUCCAAAGCCAGAGAUGAGUCUGAGAAGACCUACGUUCGCACCCUCGUUGCCCUUCUCGAUAACUUCCAUUUUUCGAUGGACGAACAAGCGAUGUCAGAAGGCAUUGAGGACGAUGAGGCCAGUGAAGAGGGGCCCCCCAAUAGUUCGACACCUUUGAAAAAUACCUCUCGAAUCUCUGAUGCCGUCAAUAACCGCCUCCUUCCUGAUCUCCUGAAAUUCAUUGAAUCUCGCGACUCCACUACAGAGGACAUUACACGUAUCCCAAUCUCCAUUGGUAUCGCAAAGGUGGCUUUGCACCUUCCUCUCUCUCUGGGUGAGCCUCAGAUAACUAGGCUUCUCACCGUGACUUGCCAGAUCCUUCGCAGCAAGUCUCAGGAGACGCGUGAUGCAACGCGUGAUGCUCUCGCUCGCAUAUCAGUAACACUAGGACCCAAAUAUCUUUCUCUGAUAAUCCAAGAGCUGCGUGGCGCACUUUUGAGAGGACCUCACUUGCACAUCCUUUCCUAUACGACACACGCGCUCCUCGUACAUGUCACAUCACCAGAGCAUGCGUCUGUCUUUCAUACACUAGAUGAUUGUGUGAACGGCGUUGCCCAUAUCUCCGCUGAAGUCAUAUUUGGUGAAUCGGGAAAGGAUGUUCGCGCUGAGGACUUCAAGACAAAAAUGCGAGAAGUGCGUGGGUCGUCGUCCAAAGGCCUGGAUUCGUUUUCGAUAUUGGCCAAAUACGUCACGCCGCCUUAUAUCAGCGGCCUCCUUUCCCCAUUGCGCUCCAUCAUGAGAGAAACAGAAUCGGCGAAGGUGAUGCAGCUGGUCGAUGAAGUUAUCAAACGCAUUACGACCAGCCUCAAUAUGAAUACGCACUUAAUACCGACCGAACUUUUGUUACUCAGCCACACUCUCAUUACUCAGAACGCUCAAUUCCUCCAAGAAGCUCCUUCACGUAAAAAAUUCAAAGCCAAGAUUAAGGACGAUAUCGUUGUUCAGCUGAAGCGGCAGGUUACGAUCGAGAAUGAUCAUUAUAGCAGUAAUUCCUAUCGCUUUGUUGUCUUUGGGCUUGAAUUGUUCAACACCGCGUUGCGAUGGAACCGUUUUGAUUUCAGGGACACGGGUAUAAUAUCAAGGCUUGAGUCGAUGGUCGUGACGAUUGGGAAUACUCUAUAUUCGACCAGUUCUCCCGUCUUGAUGUCAGGAGUCAGAUGUGUGGCCGGCUUGGUCAAAUGUCCCCUGAAAUCCAUGGACAAAUCACUUCCGGUUUUCAUCAAGCAGAUACUAGAUAUCGUCCGGUUAGCUGGCAACACAGAGUCAGAGCUUGUCCAAGUGGCUUUGAAGUCUUUGGCCACCAUCAUACGUGAUAGGCCGGCUGUAGAUGUGAAAGAAAAGGAUCUCAUAUUUUUGUUGGAAGUUCUUUCUCCGGAUCUCGAGGAACCUUCUCGGCAAGCAACGGUGUUCACUCUGCUUCGCGCUAUAGUGUCUCGAAAAUUCGUGGUGCCCGAGAUCUAUGAUCUUAUGGAGAAGGUAUCGGAAACGAUGGUGGCUAGUCAAUCCCCCCAGGUCCAAGAACUUUGCCGAGGCGUGCUUCUCCAGUUUUUGCUGGACUAUCCACAGGGAAAAGGGAGACUGCGAAACCAAAUGACAUUCCUUGCCAAGAAUCUUUCCUAUGUUCACGAAAGCGGAAGGAAAUCUGUCUUGGAACUUCUAGGUGCCGUCGUAACAAAGUUUCAAUCCAUGUUGGUGUGGGAGUAUGCUGACCUACUUUUCGUUGCGCUUGUAAUGGUCAUUGCCAAUGAUGACUCUGCGAAGUGCACCGAAAUGGCUGCCCAACUCAUCAAGUCGCUUUUAGGACGACUGGACGAUGAGCAUCGUGAGGUCAUUCUAUCACAUCUUCAUGCAUGGGCCUCCCAGGAAUCGCAACCUCGCCUUACACAGGUUUCUUCCCAAGUAUACGGUCUCUUUGUGGAUGCAUUGCAGGCCGCGGCUUCACGCCACGUUCCAGCCAUAUUGCAGGAUGCAAAUCUAUCUUUGCAGAGGUCGGCCCAGAUGCUUUUACUUGCAGAGAUUAACAAUGAUGCAGUGGAAGUGGACUUUGAUUGGCAGACACCAUAUCACUCCUUGGUUGUGAUCUCGAAAGUCAUCCACGUCUUUCCCGAUCUGACUUCGCAAUCCGACACCGCUUCGUGGCAAAGCAUAGUGACACUUCUUCUCUUCCCUCAUUCCUGGGUCAGGACUGCAUCCUGUCGUCUAUUAGGAUCCCUCUUGGCGACCAGCCCCGUCCGCGCUCCAUUGGACUCCGAUACCUUCUCGGCAUUUUCAAAGUCUGGCAUGAUCGACAUAUCAAAGAAACUGUGUCUCCAACUAAAAGGCCAGCAUCUAGAUGAGCCCCUGAGCCUGCAGUUGGUGAAGAAUCUAUUUUAUAUCGGAAAAUGCUUCGCUCUAUCGACCUCAGUUCCUCCGGAGACCGCAGAAGACGAGUCCAUAGUCGAGCUGGAUGAAGCCGAAGAUCCAGAAGAGACGCCGAAACAAGACAACCCUUUACCAUGGUUGUUUUCGAAGCUUUCAUAUCAGGUCAGAUCUGCGCAUAUUACUCGCCGAAACAGACACAACCAGCCCAAUUGGCACCACCAACCUCUGUCCGUCCUUAGGUGGUUCGCUGCGAUGGCCUCUUUCUUGGAACCCGAAAGACUCGAGAUGUACUUGGUGCAUAUCCUGUCGCCUGUGUAUAGAAUCAUCGAAGAUGACACAAUUCGUGAUCAACAAAUGGACGAAUUGAAAACUCUAGCUACGGAGUUGCAGGAUCUUGUUCAGUCCAGAGUGAGCCCCGCUGCAUUUUCGACGAUAUACAACCAAAUACGACAAGGUCUCUUGGGUGUUCGAAGAGAACGGAAGGCCGUGAAAGCCUUGCAGGUGGCUACUAAUCCUGAGAUGGCAUCAAAGCGGAAGCUUCAAAAGAAUAUCAUGAAGAAGGACAGUCGCAAGAGGAAGGGCGACAUGUUUUCCGAUGGGAAAGGAAAAAUAAAACGGCAUCGUUCAUAGCAAGGUUGUAUAGGACUAUACUUUCUUGAGCACUGUAUCUUAGUUCUUCUCGUGCGAGUUGUUAAUUAGUCGAGCGGAAAAAUCUCAUACGGAGGCUGAAUUCAGAUUAAUGCCAGUGAUUCAAAUUU